CUACGAUGCGUUCCCUGCACCUAAGCUAUGAACACCUUGCACGUACAGACGGCUCCGCCCGCUUCGGCUUCGGCCCAAACACACACGCACUCGCCUCCCUAUCCGGGCCUAUCGAAGUCCGUUUAGCCGCCGAACUCCCGUCGCAGGCUACGUUUGAGGUACAUGUCCGCCCGCUAUCUAACGUCCCCGCCACAGAAGCCAAGGCGCUAGCAAGCAUCGUAAAGAGCGCCCUUUCGCCUUCCUUAAUCUUGUCGCGGAACCCGAGGACGCUGGUCCAGCUCGUCGUGCAGGCCUUAUCACCUUCGAGGGAUGGGAGUGGGAUGGUGGCUGCAAUGAUCAACGCCGCGACACUGGCGUUUUUGAAUGCGGGAUCCAUACCCAUGAAGGGGAUAAUAUGUGCCAUGCCUGUUGGAAGAAGGGUGGGCGGGGAGCUGGUCGUGGACCCGUCGGAGGAGGAAGUGGAGGUGGAGGCCACAGGGUGUUUCGCGUUCCUUGUUACGCAGAACUUGGGCCACCAAGAGAUGACCGCGUCAUGCGUGCACACGUCUUGGAAGGAAGGGGGGGUAGGGUCGAGUGGGUUGGAUGAUCUGGUACGCGCUACGGAGCUGGCGAAGGGUGCAGCGUUGGUUAUCGCGGACGAGAUGAGGGAGAGUCUUUGCAAGAUGGGAGUGGUUCCGGCGUUUGUGUUCGAAGAAAAGGGAGAGGGGAUUUUGAAGGACAAAACUAUGGACCUCAAAAUGGAGUCUUAG